ACCAAUCCUCUACAUCUACAACACAUUCGAUCCAAAAAUGACAUUGACAGAGAAAACGACCGGCACUACCAAGAACAGACUAGCCAAGCUCUUCUUCAAGUUGGACAAGACCAACACCCUCAAAACCACUGCCACCAACGACACGCUGACAGACGGCAACAAGACAGGGGUCCUCGAUGCUGGCAAGGGUGGCAGCGCCUUUGACGCCCUCGGUGCGCUGACCACUGGUGGUGGAUACACCGGCACAUUCUACCGGGUUAAUACAUACAGCCGCAUCUAGAGAUGCAUGGUUUGCAUAUACGCGUUAUGUUAGAUAUUGUAAAUACGAUUGUGUCUACCCUUGC